ACGCAUUGAUUUGAUAGACAAAAAAAAAUAGGAAAAAGUAAAAAAAAUGUUGUAUGCUGAUCAUGAUUGUGAAAUUGAUUUAAAGACAGAACAAAUUUUUUUUUUACCAAUUCAAACAAGAUGGAUGAAGUUUUUAAAUUUUUACAAAUCAAUAUUUUUGGCUUCAAUUAAGAAUCCAAGAGCUCACAGAUAUUUACGAAAUCGUAGUGCAAUUAUUUAUGAAAGACGACAUCAUCUACGUAAUCAUACUCGGAUUAUUCAUCCUUUCAGCAUAUUCAGUUAUUGGUGGGAUUUUAUAAUGGUAUUAAAUCUUGUUGCAAGUUUUUUAUUUAUACCUUAUAAUGCAGCUUUUGAUAUGUUGAGAGCAUCAACUGAAUCCUGGACAAUAAUGAAAAAUUGGUCUUUAUUUAUUGAUUGCAUUGACAUUAUCAUAAACUUUUCAACUGGGUACUUUGAUGAUACUCAAAGAAUUGUUUGUUUAAAUUGGAAACUAAUGACAAAGCGUUAUAUUUUUUAUGGAACUUUUUUUGCUGAUUUUCUUGGAUCAUUUCCAACUGAUUUAUUAUUUAUAUUUAAUUGGAAUGAAUCAAUUGUAACACGUGAAUUAUUAAGUAUGAUUCAUGUAUUUAGAAUAUUUUCAUUGCACACAUAUAUAUCACAUGUUGCUGAGACAUAUAAUGUUCCAAGAAGAUUAUUUUCAAUUUUUACAUUAUCACCACUUUUAGUAAUUUGUCUUCAUUGGUUAGCAUGUAUAACUUGGAUUAUUCCAGUUGCUGUUAUGUCAGAAUAUUCUGGACAAUCAGAUAAUGAAUUAAGAUCAUCAUGGACUGUUGAUAAUGAUCAUUUGUGGUCAAGUGAUAAUCAAAAAAAAUACUGGACAUGUUUAAUGAGAUCAAUUGCAAUAUUAACAAGAUCUGGAUUUUUAUCAAAAGAACCAAAUGCUGUUGAGGAUCAAUUAGUUGCAAUAUUAAUACAAAUAUUUAGUUGUAUAUUACUUUGUUAUAUUAUUGGACAUACAAUGCAAUUAUUUAAAAGUGAUAAUAGCUCAAAAUUAAAAUAUCAAACAUUAAUUAGACAAGUUAAAAAAAAUAUGAGCCAUGAACAAUUAUCAAAAUAUUUACAAAAAAGAUAUUUAACAUAUUAUGAAUUUCGUUAUCAAGGUUAUUAUUUUAAUGAAACAGAAAUAUUAAAUACAAUAUCAUCACAAAUGAAAAUGGAAAUAGCUAUGCAUUCAUGUAGAAAAUUAGUUGAAAAUGCAACAUUUUUUAAUAAUUUAUCUGUAUCAUUAUUGACAAGAAUAGUAACAUUAUUAAAAUCAGAAAUAUUUUUAACUAAUGAUGUUAUUAUUAAAGCAAAUGAACCAGGUGAUUGUAUGUAUUUUAUUGCAACUGGUACAGUUGCAGUAUAUACGGAUUCUGGAAAAGAAAUAUGUCAUCUUGUUGAUGGUUCACAUUUUGGUGAAAUUGCAUUAGUUAUGCCUAAUGAAAAAAGAGUUGCAACUGUUAUUGCAAUUGAAACAUGUGAAUUAUAUAAAUUAGGAAGAAAUGAUUUUAUACGUACUAUACAUCCUUAUCCAAUGUUUUGGGAAAGAAUUAAAAAAAUUGCCAUGGAAAGACAUGAGAAAACAAUGAUUUUAAAUGCUAGCUAA